UCCCCAGGUCUGAGAUGGGACAUUUGGGAAUCUCUACGUAAGGGAGUGCCCUGCACAGGCAUGAAGCCUAAGAGGGAGAAUCUGGGGCGCUCAGGCCAGACCACUGUUCUCUCCUCUUCUGUGUCCACGGAAUCUGCUGGUCCCAUCACUUCUAAUGAUUUCCUGCUAAAUAGUCUCUGUAAGACUUGCAAGUGAGAGAAUUAAGAAGUAUCCAGCUUUGUUAUGAACUUGAGUUUGUUUUGUUUUGUUCUUUGUUUUUUUUUCCUCUUGGUCCUUUUUUUCCUCCAUCCUUUUUCUUGUCAAUGGCUUUCUUCUCUUUGUGAAAAUGUGGAAUGCCCAUAGGUACCUUCAAGAUCACUUCUGUCUUCUGUUCGUUUUAGUCAUUCAUUCCUUCACUUACUUAUCUUUGAGACUGGUCUCAUGUACCCCAACACUGGCCUUGAACUCCCCAUGUAGCUGAAGAUAGCCUUGAACUUCUGGAUCUCCUGCUUCAACCUCCCAAGUCCUGGGAUUACAGGUGUCAUCCUGGGAUUACAGGUUUUCCAGAGCACUUAUAAUUUGAGUUGGAUGAACCAGUUCUUCAGCCUGCUUCCUUGGUGCCCUUUCCAGGGAUGACAAUUGCCCUUGACAUCUCUUCAGACCUGGACCUUUAUCUGUAUGAAACUAGAUUCGUUCUCUUGAAGCGUAAUUAGGGACAGAGGCUCCACGGGGCGAGAGAACCGCUGACUGACACAGCUAUGGAGAUGAUCUGUCUACUGCUGGAAAUGUCUCCAGAUUUUUGACACCGGCUAAAUAACCAUGGGGUCCAGCGGCCUCGGGAAAGCAGCGACGCUCGAUGAACUGCUCAGCACGUGCAUUGAGAUGUUUGACGACAAUGGAGAACUGAACGACAGCUAUUUGCCAAGAAUAGUUCUCCUGAUGCACCGAUGGUAUUUAUCUUCCACCGAACUGGCAGAAAAACUCCUCUGCAUGUAUCAGAACGCCAGUGGAGACACCUGUGAUGAGUUCCGACUGAAGGUCUGCUAUUUCAUGAGGUACUGGAUUCUGAAAUUCCCUGCAGAGUUUAAUUUGGAUCUGGGUUUGAUUCGUAUGACUGAGGAGUUCCGGGAAGUAGCAGGUCAACUAGGAUAUGAAAAACACAUCAACCUCAUGGACAUAUCCAGCAUUCCUUCCUAUGACUGGAUGAGGAGAGUCACGCAGAGGAAGAAAGUAUCGAAAAAGGGGAAGGCCUGUCUCUUAUUUGACCAUCUGGAGCCCAUUGAGUUGGCUGAGCACCUCACUUUUCUGGAGCAUAAAUCUUUUAGAAGGAUCUCAUUCACAGAUUAUCAGAGCUACGUCAUCCAUGGCUGCCUGGAGAAUAACCCAACGUUGGAGAGAUCUAUUGCUUUAUUUAAUGGAGUCUCCAAGUGGGUCCAGUUGAUGGUUCUCAGCAAACCAAGUCCUCAGCAAAGGGCAGAAGUCAUCACAAAGUUCAUCAAUGUAGCACAGAAACUCCUUCAACUGAAAAAUUUUAACACCUUGAUGGCAGUGGUUGGCGGCCUUAGUCAUAGCUCCAUUUCCCGACUCAAAGAGACCCAUUCUCACCUCUCUUCAGAAGUUACAAAGAACUGGAACGAAAUGACAGAGCUGGUCUCCUCCAACGGCAAUUAUUGCAAUUACCGCAAGGCCUUCGCCGACUGCGACGGCUUCAAAAUCCCCAUCCUCGGCGUGCACUUGAAGGACCUGAUAGCGGUCCACGUCAUUUUCCCAGACUGGAUGGAGGAGAACAAAGUGAACAUUGUCAAGAUGCACCAGCUCUCCGUUACCCUGAGCGAGCUGGUCUCCCUGCAGAACGCCUCGCACCACUUGGAACCUAACAUGGAUCUGAUCAACCUGCUCACUCUCUCUCUGGACCUCUAUCACACUGAAGAUGAUAUUUACAAACUGUCACUGGUGCUGGAGCCUAGAAACUCCAAAUCGCAGCCUACCUCCCCCACGACACCCAACAAGCCUGUGGUGCCCCUGGAGUGGGCUUCAGGGGUGAUACCAAAGCCAGACCCCACAAUCAUCAACAAACACAUAAGGAAGUUGGUUGAGUCUGUGUUUCGAAACUACGAUCACGACCAUGAUGGAUACAUCUCCCAGGAGGACUUUGAGAGUAUAACCGCCAAUUUCCCCUUCCUGGAUUCCUUCUGUGUGCUAGACAAAGAUCAGGACGGCCUAAUUAGCAAAGACGAAAUGAUGGCUUAUUUCCUGAGAGCUAAAUCCCAGCUUCACUGCAAAAUGGGACCGGGAUUUAUCCACAAUUUUCAGGAGAUGAACUAUCUCAAGCCGACCUUCUGUGAACACUGUGCGGGAUUUCUCUGGGGCAUCAUCAAACAAGGCUACAAAUGCAAAGACUGUGGAGCCAACUGUCACAAGCAGUGCAAAGACCUCCUGGUUCUGGCCUGCAGGAGACUUGCCCGGGCACCUUCCUUGGGCAGCAAUCCUGGGUCACUGCCUGGAAGCCCAGCUUUACCCCCAGUGCAGGAUGAGGUGUUCGAGUUUCCUGGGGUCACUGCUGGACACCGGGACCUGGACAGCAGAGCCAUCACACUGGUUACAGGCUCUUCUCGUAAAAUCUCCGUGAGGCUACAGCGAGCCACCACUAGCCAAGCUACCCAGACGGAACCUGUGUGGUCAGAGGCUGGCUGGGGAGACUCGGGGUCCCAUACGUUCCCCAAAAUGAAAUCCAAGUUCCAUGACAAAGCAGCCAAGGACAAAGGCUUUGCCAAGUGGGAAAACGAGAAGCCCACGGUACAAGCUGGUGUGGAGGUUGUGGACCGAGGCACUGCAUUCGAACCUGACCAGGAUGAAGGGCAAGACGAAGCCAAACAGGAUGGUGAGGAUGGCUGAGAUCAAGCUGGGGGAACUGAAGGCCCACGUGUCAGCUUUGGGGAGAGAGAAGAAAAGCUCCACAAAGCACUUCCGGCUCUGGAAGCGAUCUGAAAAAGAGAUCUGCACAUGCUCACAGCCUCACGCCAACCUGGGAUCUCCAUGACCAGACAGAGGAUUUACUCCAACUCUGAACUAUUUAUUUCCCACACUCUGCCCCUGCAGAGGUGCCACGACCACUGUUAUUUAUGGACUCAGCAGUUUCUCACAUCUCUCUAGAGCCAUUUAUACACAGGGGAAGGAGAGCUUUGGCACAUGUGAUGAUAACCACUCUCUAAAUUCAAAACUUGGUUCUUUUGGACAAUAUUUUUUUUUUUUUUAUAAAUUGUGGUGUGUGUGUGUGUGUGUGUGUGUGUGUGUGUGUGUGUGUGUGUGUGUAGGGGUGUCUCAAAGGAGCUGAGUGUAAACUCCUUUUGUGUGCCUUUUAAAUGGGACCAGGAAUUGAAGUUUUGCUAACAAAGGUGUUCUUCAGACUCAGGAAGGCAGUGAUUCCUCUGAUGAUAAUUAGCUGUGAGAAAGGUUUCUAGCAUUCUACCACACAGUGGCUGUGGUGUGUCAUGCCGUGUGUGUGUGUGUGUGUGUGUGUGUGUGUGUGUGUGUGUGUGUGUAUGUGUGUGUAUCACCUAGGUCUCACCAACCCUGCAUCACCAAGGGGAAUCACAGCCCUCAAGCUUCCCUAAUAUUCAUACUAGCUACAGUGAAAAAAAAAUUAUAUGCCUGGCCACCUAAUUGUGUUCCCAAUUUCUGAAGAGUCCCAAAAUAGAAUAUUAAUUAAGAAAUCAAAUCAAGUUCCGAGGGAUAAAAUUUAGUAGAAAAAAAUUAAAACAAACAAACAAAUAAACAAACAAAAAACACCAAAUUUCUAGGUGACAAGAACAGCCAGUUUGGAAAACCAAAAAAGUAAGAUUAAGAUUUUUGUUUUAGAUAACUUCUGGAUGCAAAAGAUAAUUUAACUUCGUAAUAAAUUCUUAUCCCCACUUGAAGAAUAUUCACAGAAAAACAUCAUAAACCUCACUAUGGAUUGAUAUUCCAUUUAUGCCUUUAGAGUAUUAAUACUUUAAAUGUCUUCCUUUGGAUGUCUAUCUUAUGAAAUAGCGAUUCAUGAUGCGCAGAAACAGAGACAAGGUCAGGCUGGGGUUACACACCACACCUGUAUUCCCUGCACUUGGGACAUGAGGUAGGAGGACCCUCAAGCCUGAGGUCAGCCUAGAAAACUUAGCAAGAUUCUAAGAAAACUAACAAUAAAGAUAAAAGAGAAAUUGAGGUGACUGAGUCUGUCAUGGAGGGGACCAUCUGAUGCCAAAUGACCAGUCAGAAGAUCUUUCACAGUUGAGGGCUAACAUGUAUGCAUCCCAUGUAAAACCAAUUGUGUUUUCACUUGGGAAAGUCACUGGUGGUUCUGUUCUGGUCCUUAGAAAUCGAGAGCAGGAGAACAUGAAGGGUGAGUGGUUUCAGGGUCUUCAGUGGCCAUGUGGGUGCUGGGAAUUGAACCCAGGUCCUCUGGAAAAAGCAGUCAGUGCUCUUAACCACUAAGCCAUCUCUCCAGCCCCAGUGUCUUAAAACUUUGGUGGAGCUGAAUGUAAUCUGUUCUGAAAGUUCUGGAAUGGGAAAGGAUUCAGACUGGGAAUACUGAAGAAUAAGUUAAGCCAAUUAAUUGAGGAGCUGAGAUUAAGCUAGAGACAUACUCACUUAACAGUGUCAAGCACCUCAGAGGACAGUGGUGUUGGAUCUAUGUAUAUAAACUAUGUUAUUAUUCACAAAUACAGCUAAAUAUAUGUUAACAAAUUAAAAACAGAAAAUGGUAACAAGUACAGGAAACCCUUCUGAAAAAAAAAAAAUCAAAAAGAAACCUGUUAAGGAAUGUUGGACUUUUUAUAUUUCUUUUCGAAGGAGUUAUUUCACUUGCCAUUUGACUUAGAUAUUUAUGAAUUUUUAUACACAGAAGGAAUUUUGUAUUUUCAGUCUUCCCAUGAUAAGGAAACAAAAUGUAGCGUCAAUGAAAAAUAAAAAUAAAAAGAAAUACAA